UCUACAGUUGCCUACCUAUCUGCCAAGGAGGUAUGCAAGAUAGUUGUAGUCAUGGCCUACGCAGAAACGUAUCUGGGCUCGACAGCGGUGAUCCUCCAUGUUGAGCCCGGCAUAGUCUUGAAGCAUCCCCAUGACCGCGCAACACAAGAAUUAAAUGACGAAAGUGCCGUUAAGUUUGAUAUCGAACGCCAAAUCUUCGAGUUACUAGGAGAGCACCCCAGGAUAGUAAGAUAUCUCGGAUGGCAAGAUGCUACGCCCGAUCAACAACCAGGAUUCCUUCUCGCCGAAGCUAGCCCUGGUAAUCUUGGAGUAUAUCUCUAUAAGAAUCACGACGCUAUUCCCUUGUCGCUUCGAAAAAAGUGGUGUCGGCAAGCCAUCGAAUCGAUCGUGUACCUACAUCAAAAAGGGGUGAUCCAUUGUGACAUACGUCCCGACAACAUGCUUAUCUACACAACAACAUCCACUACUCCUCCAUCCCUCGACCUUUGCCUUUGUGAUUUCGGAGGUUCAGAAUGCGAGAAGCUUGGGUUGAGUAACCCGAAUUUGCCAGACGCCGGUUUCUACAACCCCAACUCCGGAACGGAAAAGUCGCGUAAUACGGACAUAUUCGCCAUGGGAUCUGUUCUUUAUACGAUACUUACUGGGCAUUGGCCUUACCGAGAACCUGCAGCCGGAUUUUUCGAAUCGCUUGCCGCAAUGGACGCAUACAUGAAUAUGGUUGAUGGUUUCUUCGAGAAACGUGAAUUUCCUGACGUGACGGGUAUCUGGGCAGGGGAUGUUAUUCGUAAAUGUUGGAUGGAAGAGUAUGCGAGCGCUGAAGAUGCUUUGCAGCAUAUCAAUGAGUUCUUCAAUGGCGAUACCACCUACGAACAUGUAUGUUAUAUAGACUGAGGAUUAAGCUAGAAUACCACAUC